GCUCCUUCGAAUUUUCAUUGAUCCUCUUGAAUUGACCUCUUUCUGUUUCUGUUUAGUGUAGGGCAGGAGUAACCAUAGUAUUGUUACUGCACCACUGCUGCUACAAGUUCCAAAAUUCGUCUAUUUAACUCCGCCAGCCUGCCUCCAAUCUAUGCCUCUCUCCCUCCCGCUGGCUCUCCACAUUGACAUCGUCCAAACACCAAACCUCUGCGCGUAUAUGUAUUGAAAUGCGUGAUCCAUAAUUAAAACCACCAUUACCUCUCCCUACUCUCAAAGCCCCUCCUCCUUCUCCACCCUGCAGACAUCUUCGUCGACUUAUACUUAUACUCUGGCGGUGUAUUCACGUCUCUCCUCCUCCUACCUCGGUUGCCGCCCACCUACCCACGUGACCUCCUCUGCAUACACCCCCGUAACCGUACCACGUAUAUUCUCCCUCACAUUCGUAUCUCAUUCCCCAACUUCCCAGCUAAAAUCUCUCGGUCCGCCAUUUCUCUCUCUCUCUCUCUCUCUCUCUCUCUCUCCGAGAAGAAAUGGCUAUGGCUAGACUUCAUCCCUCCUUUUCACUCCUCGCAUUUUGCUUCCUUUGUUCCGUUGCAGGUGUGUUUUCUGCGACGUUUACGUUAGUGAACCAGUGCAGCUACACCGUUUGGCCCGGGAUAUUAUCCGGCGCGGGAACUCCUCAACUCUCCACCACCGGUUUCCCGCUAAACCCGGGACAAUCAACUUCCGUUUCCGUCCCCGCAGGAUGGUCAGGCCGCUUAUGGGGCCGGACGCUUUGCAGUCAAGACCCCACCACGGGGAAGUUUACCUGCAUCACGGGGGAUUGCGGGUCCGGGACUUUAGAAUGCGCAGGAGGAGCAGCUCCGCCGGCUACUCUGGCCGAGUUUACUCUGAAUGGGGCUGGUGGGCUCGACUUCUAUGACGUCAGCCUCGUGGACGGAUACAAUCUGCCCAUGCUGGUGGUCCCACAAGGUGGGUCCGGAGGAAACUGUACGACCGCGGGCUGCGUCAGUGAUCUCAACGGCGGGUGUCCGUCGGAGCUGAAGGUGAUGAGCAGCAGCGGCAGCGUGGCCUGCAAAAGCGCAUGUGAGGCGUUCGGAGAUCCUCAGUACUGCUGCAGCGGCGCGUACGGGAAUCCUCAGACUUGCCAGCCAACUUCUUAUUCAGAGUAUUUCAAGAGUGCGUGUCCGCGCGCUUACAGCUACGCCUACGAUGACGGGACCAGCACUUUCACUUGUGCUUCCGCCGAUUACAUCAUCAGUUUUUGCCCAACUCCAGCUGCCAGCAAGAAGUCAGCUGGAUCUGAGACUGCCGGGGCAGGCGGCGUUUCAUUGUUCACAAGCGGCAGUGAUUCUUUAAUCUUGGGUCGGCGAUGGCGGCUGAUCAUAACCAGUUUUGCUAUCACUCUCUUGCUGCUGCUGCUGGUUACCCUUCGGCACUUUUAAGCC